UAAGCUGUGUUUUACUUCAGAGUAGCUUAACUCUAGUUUGGAGCUGUAAACGUAAAACUUUUUUUUUUUUUUUUUACAUUAAAAUUAAAACUGAAGAGUCGUCAAGUAUGCAGUCAGAUCACAAAGAUGUGAGCAAACAGGAAGCUGAUGAAAAGAAGCGAGAUGUUAACAACAAGCAGUACAAGCACUGUAAAUGGAGACUGAUUUUUGCAUUAGCAAUAUCUGUAGUUAUUAAUGUUUUAACAAAUAUUGUUAUUUAUUUUUCAGUUAAAGAAGAUAGGGUUGCUCAGUAUUUCUGCCCAGAUAAUUGGAUCGGUUUCCAAGAUAAAUGCUAUUAUUUUUCUGAAGAAGAAGAAGAUUGGAAUUCAAGUAGAUACAACUGUUUGUCUCAAAAUGCUAGCCUAGUUAUGAUUGCCACAACAAAAGAAAAACGUUUUCUUAAGCGAUUCAAGCGCACUUCUGAUCACUGGAUUUGGCAAGACAUGACAGAAAAUUUAACAGGACAAUGGGUGGAUGAAAACAUACAUAACAAAGGGAUGUUGGCAACAUCUCUGGCCUCUACUCAUGAGACAGUAGCAAUUCCCCCUGCCCCACUCCUCUUGAGGCAACCAAAAAUGUCUUUAGAUAUUUCCAAGUGUUCCUUGCAAGGGCUGGUGGAAGGCAAACUCACCCCAGGGUUAAGAACCAUUGGUUUCUACAAAUUGACGACUCUACCUAUAACAUGUAACUUAGUUUAA